CCCAGCGGCGGCAGCAAGCUGCCGCCUGCCCCCGGCUUGGUGCCCACGAGGGCCCAGUACCUGAGCAGCCCAGCCUGCUAACCACAGCUCCACACCUGUCUGUCCCCCAACGACCACACCAUGUCCGGCUCCUACGACGAGGCCUCACUGGCUCCAGAGGAGACCACCGACAGCUUCUGGGAGGUGGGGAACUACAAGCGCACGGUGAAGCGCAUCGAUGACGGCCACCGCCUGUGCAACGACCUGAUGAACUGCGUGCAGGAGCGCGCCAAGAUCGAGAAGGCGUAUGCGCAGCAGCUCACCGACUGGGCCAAGCGCUGGCGCCAGCUCAUCGAGAAAGGCCCACAGUAUGGCAGCCUGGAACGGGCCUGGGGUGCCAUCAUGACGGAGGCAGACAAGGUGAGCGAACUGCACCAGGAGGUGAAGAACAACCUGCUGAAUGAGGACCUGGAGAAGGUCAAGAACUGGCAGAAGGACGCCUAUCACAAGCAGAUCAUGGGUGGCUUCAAGGAGACCAAGGAGGCUGAAGAUGGCUUCCGCAAGGCCCAGAAGCCCUGGGCCAAGAAGAUGAAGGAGCUGGAGGCAGCCAAGAAGGCCUACCAUUUGGCCUGCAAAGAGGAGAAGCUGGCCAUGACACGGGAGAUGAACAGUAAGACGGAGCAGUCGGUCACACCCGAGCAGCAGAAGAAGCUGCAGGACAAAGUGGACAAGUGCAAGCAGGAUGUGCAGAAGACACAGGAGAAGUACGAGAAGGUGCUGGAAGAUGUGGGCAAGACCACACCCCAGUACAUGGAGAGCAUGGAGCAGGUCUUUGAACAGUGCCAGCAAUUUGAGGAAAAGCGGCUGGUCUUCCUCAAGGAGGUGCUGCUGGACAUCAAACGUCACCUCAACCUUGCUGAGAAUAGCAGCUACAUCCAUGUGUACCGUGAGCUGGAGCAGGCCAUCCGGGGGGCCGAUGCCCAGGAUGACCUCAGAUGGUUCCGCAGCACCAGUGGCCCUGGCAUGCCCAUGAACUGGCCCCAGUUUGAGGAAUGGAACCCAGACCUCCCUCACACCACUGCCAAGAAGGAGAAACAGCCCAAGAAAGCAGAGGGUGUGACAUUGACUAAUGCCACUGGGGCAGUAGAGUCUACAUCCCAGGCUGGGGACCGUGGCAGCGUUAGCAGCUACGACAGAGGCCAGCCCUAUGCCACUGAGUGGUCCGACGACGAAAGCGGGAACCCCUUCGGGGGCAGUGAGACCAACGGGGGUGCCAACCCCUUCGAGGAUGAUGCCAAGGGAGUGCGCGUGCGGGCGCUCUACGACUACGAUGGCCAAGAGCAGGACGAGCUCAGCUUCAAGGCCGGAGACGAGCUCACCAAGCUGGGCGAGGAGGAUGAGCAGGGCUGGUGCCGCGGGCGGCUGGACAGCGGGCAGCUGGGCCUCUAUCCCGCCAACUACGUGGAGGCCAUCUAGCUGCCGGGCUGCCUCCACGUCCCCUCACUCUGCCCAGCCCCUCCCCUUCCGUCCCACUCUCCUCUCCUUCCCGUCGCCAUAGAGUUCCAGACAUAUUUUCCGAUCAAGCUUUUAUUUUUUUAAAAGUCAAAACAGAACAAAACAGAAAAUACAAAGAGACAGAGCAUUUGCAGGGCCACCUGGAGGCCAGGGUGGUGGGGCUUGAGGUGAUGGCCCUAGGGUAGGUGAAGGUCUUAGGACUUAGCCCAACAUCACAACACCCGCUC